CGGCUGCCCUCAGUCUGCUGCGUCGGCCCGGCCAGCAGCAGCCCGAGGAGGAGGCUCCGCGCCGCCCGCCCCCCCGGCCCGGCCAUGGCCUCCCUGCUCUGCUGCGGGCCCAAGCUGGCCGCCUGCGGCAUCGUGCUCAGCGCCUGGGGCGUCAUCAUGCUGAUUCUCCUGGGGAUCUUCUUCAACGUGCACUCGGCGGUCCUCAUAGAAGACGUUCCCUUCACGGAGGAAGAUUUCAAGGGCGGCCCGGAGAAGAUCCACCACCUCUACGAGCAAGUCAGCUACAACUGCUUCAUCGCGGCCGGGCUCUACGUGCUGCUCGGGGGCUUCUCCUUCUGCCAGGUCCGGCUGAACAAGCGCAAGGAGUACAUGGUGCGCUAGGCGGGGCGGCCGCCCCCCGCCCCGGACCCCGCCGGGACCCUCUAUUUAUUACAGCUCCUCCCUGGUGCCCCUGGGCUUGGGAGUCGCCCUGCUGGUGGGGGCUGUGCCUGGGGGCUGUGCCUGGGCCCUGCCUCCCCCCAUCCUCCCCCGUGUGUGGCAGGCUCUGGGCUGGGGGGGGGGGUGUGUGUCACUUUCUGUGCCCCCCAGUGUGGAGUGCCCCCUUUGUCUCACUUUCAAAAUCCCACCCUCCGUUGUUGUCCAUCCCCUUCCCCAUCUCUCCAGCUAGGGGUGGGGGGGUCGGUAGCCGCUGAGAUGGGUGAGAUGCUGAGAUGGGUGAGAUGGGUCUGAUGGGGUGGGGGGGUGGCGUGUCCUGCAGAGAACACCCCCCCCCCCCCCCCCAGCCGGGUCGCGAUCUGUGUCCCUUUGUGUCCAGUCUGGAAUUGGUUCCUGCCCAAUAAAACACGUUGGAUCCCC